AGCUGCCCCGAAGCUUCUCGCCUCUUCCCGUCUGGAAUUCCACUCCACCACCGACCCGCCCGCCCGCCUCCCUCCCUCUCCCUCUCCCUCUCCCUCUGCUCGCGCGCAGCUUGGUUGCGCACAAGAUUCCUUGACCUCCGCUCGGCCUGCCGACUUUGAGGAUCGGAUCGGAUUUCUCAGAUCAGAUCGACCGCUGCUACUCCAGCCCAGGUAACCUUUACUACUCGUUCCAAUCCUUCCUCCUCCUACCCCCGGUCAUCUGAUCUACCCUACCCCCGGGACCGGAGGGAUUGACCCAAACCCAGCGCUGCUCACUCGGUGAUCCGCUUUGUACACGGGUUUUGCUUCCGCAGGUCAGAUCGCGUUUCUCUGUCGCUCAUUUAGGCUUGCCCGCCCGGCAGCAGUUGUGUUGCUCCGAAUCCGUCCGGUUCCUGCUGUGAUUUCACUUCAGUCUGCUAGGCACGGUGUCAGCUUCAGGUCUCUAGGGCCCGUUUCAUUUCUGGGUGGAGCGCAGCAGUCAGCUGGGGAGUCCUUUCCCGGUCUCCAGCGUACCAGUGACUUAGUACUGCUCGUUUGCUCCCUCCGCGCCUCAAAACAAGCACGGCACGGUUUGUGCUUCGUUGCUACGCUACAUAUGUGAAUGAUGGAGUAGCUCAUCUCAUUGCAACUGAUUUUUUGCAGCCUUUGGUUGCUCACUGAAACUGAAAGCUCUCUCCCUGUUUCAGCUAAUAUCAGCUCUGACAACACCCAAUAUGGCGGCAAAUGUCGGGCAAUCGACAAGCGGCAGCAGCAGUGGCGCUGAUGCCGGGGGUAGUUUCGAGUGCAACAUAUGCUUUGAGCUGCCACAGGAGCCGAUUGUAACGCUCUGUGGCCACCUCUUCUGCUGGCCAUGCCUUUACAAAUGGCUGCGCAUCCACUCGCACUCACCAGAGUGCCCAGUGUGCAAGGCUGUCGUCGAGGAGGAUAAGCUCGUCCCUCUGUAUGGCCGCGGCAAGGACCGUGUCGACCCAAGGUCAAAGAACGUCCCAGGGCCUGACAUUCCCAACCGGCCAGCUGGGCAGAGGCCUCCAACUGCUCCACAGGCCGAUCCUAACAAUCACUUCCCCAAUGCCAACCCAAACCCAUGGUUCAUGGGUGGAGGCAUCCCGCUGGCCAAUGCACGGUGGGGGAACUAUACGUUCUCGGCUGCGUUCGGGGGUUUGUUCCCGCUGCUCAGCUUCCAGGUGCAUGGGUUCCCUGAUGCAACAGCUUAUGGUCAGCCGGCUGGGUUCCCUUACGGGUAUGGGCACGGCCAUGGGCAUGCGUUUCACGGUGGGCAUGCAGGACAUGCUCAUGCUGCAGCUCCCCGGCAUGGGCCACAUGGGCAACAGCAGCAGGCGGAUGUGUACCUGAAGGCGCUGCUCAUCCUGGUUGGAUUUCUUGUGAUCGCAAGCCUCAUCACGUUCUAGGCAUGCUUGUUGGUGUCAUAUUGUUUGUCAGCUUUGCUGGUAAUAAGUGAGAGAAAGACAUACAAGACAAUUGCCGUGGUGAUACGAUUCCGAUGUUGCUGUGUGCGUUUACCUAGCUUUGCCUCCAUACACGACCAAAUCUGAAUGGAGUGGUGCGUCUGCAUGGAAGUGUUGAUAGAGAUAUUGGUGUACAUACUGUUUGGAUGUGGUCCAGUGGAGCACACUUCAUGUAUACUGCGGUUUUGAUCAUACUAGAAUAAUUUGGACAUGUGUUUGUUUGAAUGAAACGUAGCAAGGGCAUUUUGCCCUACAUGUAAAUUGUACUUUUGAUAUAUCUGUAAUGAACAAGCAAGGCAUGCAGUUGUUAAGAGGGAUAUUUAAAUUUAUAUUGGACUGA